UUAUUAAUAUAAUUACUGCAUUUUAAGUUUGCCAAAAAAAGUUCUAAUUAUGAAGAAUAAGUUAGUAACAUUUCCUAGAUUAUCAAAUAUUUGGUGGGAUGAUGUUAAAUAUUACGUUGCCUGGAGGCUAUGCAUUAGAGAAUUACCAUCUAAGGAUUGUUCCUUGAAUUUUAUGAUUAAGAUAGGAAAUGGGGAUAACUCAUACCGUCAAAUAGACCAUACAUUAGAAUAUGAAAAGUUAUCAAAAUUUAUUGGAUUAGGUUGGACUGAAUAUACAGUGCCAUCGAAAGUAGAAUCAGACAUGCUAGAUUGGAUAGAGCUUUCAGUUGAAGCUAACAAUGAUUUAAUUAUUAAAAUAGACUACGUCCGAUUCACAACAAUUGAAAAAGACCACAUUUAUCUUCCUAAAAUAGAUUGUUUACCAAUCUAUAAAUUACAUCCGAGUGUUCCAAAAGCUUUUGAAGACAAAUAUUUUCAAAAACAAGUUUUAGAAAAUUUACUUGAAUUGAAUUACAUUAUUAACUACUUAUAAUAAUGU